CCUAACUUAUAUAAUAAAUUAAUUGAAUAUUUAGAAUAAUAAGCUGUCAAAUACAUUCGUUUCAUCACAAAACUUUAACUUUAGUCUUUUUGCAAUAAUUCAUAACCUAAAUUUUAUGUGUAAAAAUAAAGGCUAAUAAGAAAAAUAAGAAAAUUUAAUAAUGUUUGCUUUUGCGAAAUCACCAUUAAUUUCAAGAACAACAAUAAACGCUUCAAAGCUCUCCACAAACUCAGGUAAAAACAUAGUGAAAAAUGUUUUGCGGAAUCCAACAAAAGAGGAAUUACAAUGGCGAACUCCUUGGCAUAAGAAAUCUAAUGAAUUUUACAGUAAAUUUAAAUUAUUUGCACCAGAGAAAUCCGAUAAUGCAAAAAUAUUACAGUUUUUACAAUCAGAUUUUGAUUUUCGACCGUCUGCAAUUCGAAAUUGGUUUCGUAAAAAACGUCAAGAAAUGGAAGAAGAUUUACAAAAAUUAAAUGUACAACGAUUAGAAGUACUGGGGAGUGAAUUGGCAGCUGCUCAUUUCAUUGUACAUCGAGGAGGUUCAGUUAAAUUUUAUGACGAUGAUACCAUUUAUAAACGAGAUGAAAAUGGUGACUACGAUUUACCGUCUCAGUACAAUCCUCAUUAUGUUGUUGAAGAAAUUAACUGCAAAAAUGUACCAAUUAACUAUGAUGGAUUAGAAAAUUUUGGAGGCUUGAGAAAAAUAAAAAAAUUUAGUGUAAAUGGUUGUGAACCAAUAGAUGAUUGGUGUCUCGAUCGAAUAUCGGGACAGUUUCAUGAAUCUUUGGAAGAACUGGAUGUGCGAAAUUGUCCAAACAUUUCAUCGCGUGGAUUAGAAGCUUUAUAUCGAAUAUCGAAUCUUAAGAUUUUAUAUGUUGAUAAAGUAGAUAGUAAAACUUUUGAAAUGGUAUGCUUACUGCUCGAAGAAUUAUUCCCUAAACUAGAAAUUAAAUAUACUUAA